AUGCUCGUCCAGAGUCUCAUUCCCCGACCUCCCCCUCCACCCAUUCCCCGUCAUCGCAACGUCGGCCCCAUCCACACCGAGUUCCUUCCCAGGACUCUGUGUACUCCCCCCGAUCUCAAUACCUCCCCAGCUUUUGAUCUGAUGCCUCUCGAACAGGCCCAGAGAUCCCCCGUGGGCUCACCGACGAGUCACCCGCCCGGCUCCUGGAAUGACGGAUUGGGGGACCGACCAGCCACCCGUGAUGGGUCAUAUCCAGCGGGGUCCGAGGUGAAAGCACACGGGCUCCCGUCGGCUCUCACUCCGGGUCCACCAGGAUCAUCAACUGGUGAUUUUGGCUGGCAGCCCACCUCGAGAGACCGCAGCUUCACAACGGGAGAGGUACCGGUACAGCUUCGAUCAAAUAACCCAUUUCUGAAGCCAAAGCCGGUGGAUUCGCGGAUAAGCUCGGGAGACCUAAACGAAUGGGAGGAUCGUCAUUCACAUGCGACUACCAACAGUGAUCCUUUAAGUCAGAGUACGAUUACACAACCCCCACACCUUCCCACACCUUCUCCUGGGAUGCUCGAUGUCGAUGCUGACCCCUUUCUAGCGGAGGGAUACAUCCCCAUGACAGCACGACUCUCCCUACUCGAUUCUCCUGAGCACGAAUCCCCAUGGGCCGAACAUGAUUUGACUCAGUCCGACUAUCAACGUCCUCUUGCCAAUCCUCAGCCCUACGAGCCAUCCCCAUGGGCAGAACAUGAGACCCCGCCAUCCCACUUCCAAUCAUCCACUACAAAUCCCAAUUCCUCCGACCCAUCACCCAAUGACAGGCUGGGGUCGGACGCGGGUAUCAGACCACCCUCUGCUUUUUCGAGUGCAACUUCGGCGACUUCGCACGAAUUGAUUGACUUCGAUUCCCCCAGCGGUCUCGCGGCGAAUAAUGGGCCCCAUCGAGCAACCUCGUCGGUAUAUUCUUCGGAGAGCGUCAAUAAAUCACCUUCCAAUCCACAAUCACCAUUGCCAAUUGCAUCGGGCAUACAGUCUCAAGGCAGCGCUCUAGAGCAGCCAUUGACAACUCGAAAGCUCUCACCAGCAGAAGCGGCCAGACAGCAAGAUCAGAGGGCAGAGACCUAUUCCAUCCGGCAUAUCAACCGGACUGACCGGAAUGGAGAUUUAUUCCAGUCUCCUAUCUUGGUUCAGAAUCAAAAUGGUCCUUGUCCGUUACUUGCUCUCAUCAACGCGCUUGUACUGCGAGCUGAGCCAAAUACACAACCACCGAUCAUCAAAGCUCUGCGAACUCGCGAGCAAAUUUCGCUUGGCUUGUUGAUCGAGGCUCUAUUCGAUGAGUUGACUACUUGUCUAGGGCCACACCAGGAGUUCCCAGAUAUUGAAGCGCUCACCCAGUUCCUCACGAUGUUGCAUACCGGCAUGAACGUGAACCCUCGUUUGACAUUGGUAAAUAUCCCUCUUCGAUCAUCAGCAACACCCCGCGUCAGGCUAACUCUAAACCAGGAAACCGAGGAUUCCCUUGGCACAUUUCUUCAAACCCCAGAUAUUCGAUUCUACAGUACAUUUGGCAUUCCUCUCAUUCAUGGUUGGAUUGCAUCCUGGUCUGACCCGGCCCAUGAUGCUAUGACCCGAAUUGGUCAAUAUCAUGAAGAUAUUCAGUUGUUACAUUUUAAUAGGCAGGAUCUUGAGGAGCGCGUCAUGCAGGGCCAGUCUCUUUUGCCGGAGGAAGAGGGAAGGAUGGCGGACAUACAAGCCAUUCAGCAUUUCGUUGAUAUCGAAAAUGCAACACAGCUGAGCCCAUUUGGGCUGACACAACUGUCUACACGACUCGCACCCGGCUCCAUCUCGAUUCUAUUCCGCAACGAUCAUUUCUCUACCCUAUAUAAACAUCCCGAAUCACAGCAGCUCUUCACUUUGGUCACCGAUGCUGGCUAUGCUAAUCAUGCAGAGGUUGUUUGGGAAUCUCUCGUCGACGUGACUGGCUUCAAUGCAGAGUUUUUGGCUGGUGACUUCCGAGCAGUUGGCCACGGCCCAUCGGGCUCUGGUGGUCCCUCCGGCCCCGUCGGUCCUCGUGCAUCGAGCCUUUCACCGAAUAGUUCACCUGCGGCGAACGAUGGAUCCCAGUCCCCACUCUCAAAUCAGGAGCAAAGCGACGCAGAUUAUGCAUAUGCACUCUCACUACAAUUCCAAGAGGAGGAACAGCGUGAAAGGCAGGGCAGUCAACAAGGGAGCAGCAAUGGCCCCCGUGCAUCAGGCCCCGCCCGUCGCGAAUCUGUCCCUCCUCGCAUGCCAAGCUCUUCCCAUACACGAAGCAGCUCUGCACCGCGCAUAUCCUCUCCUCGCAUCAACGGGCCCAACAGGAUUUCAAGCGUUACCACUGGGCUCCGACAACAACAGCCACAGCCACCGGCUGAAGCCAAUCCCGAGGAUCCAAACGCACCCCCUCCCCCCCUACGAACAAGCUGCGAGCGGCCCACGGUAUACACCUCCCGACCGACGAAAUCGAUACAGCGACUUCCCUGUGGAUGCGAACGGUUCAUAUUCUCCAAGAUACCCUCCGAAUCGAUAUUCGAACCGGCCCACUACAGACCGAUACGACGCGGACCGGAAUCGUAA